AGUGGUGUGGGGGGCCGAUUGUAGAAGGGCGGCGCAAAGAAGUUGUGCUGCUGCUGAUGCUGUGGCGGGGGAGAAGGUGAUGAGCUGGAUGAAGAAUCGCCGCGAUAAUGCGAUUGAAAGACGGCAUCGUCAUCAUCGUCUGAGGUUGACAUGGUGGUUGACGUGGUUGUAUGUGAAUGCUGAAAUCUGGAUGGGGAUAACUUGGGUGAAGCUAUCGCGAGAUCUUAUCGUAUACCUUGCUAGCGUCAGCUGCUAGCGUAAGGUCCAGACGGAUAAGCCAAUGCCAGACCACUCUCGAGCCACUUCACCUUGCUGUUUUCUUUGGGGUUCCUUCUUCAUCGGUUCAAUUGCAUCACAUCAUGACCUCAACUGUCUCAAUUGGCUCAACGGAUGACCAGAUCCCCAGUGCCUAAGCAGGUAUUGUAAGGCUAAGCAAUAUAUUGCAAGUCCAAAAUGUGCCGGUUCAUCCCACCAAAAUCUCUUUCCUCCUUCCGAUUCUUUUUCUUUUCGCCGUACCUUAAUACCAAAGACUCAUUUCAGUGCUCAUGGCUGAGAGUUUGCGCAAUCGGAAUGCAAGAAAGGUUUCAGCCACGAGCUUGGUCAUUUCGUGUCUUCUGCAACUUUGAUCAUGAGUUACUUACCGCUGAAGUCACACAAUCAUCUAACUACAUAAGAAUACGACAGUUCCCUUUGGGCAAGAUAAAGCUGAAGGAAACAUAUAAUUUCUUCACAACCAUAUCCUGGAAUACUGCAUUGCGUUCUCGAGAAGGCAAACACUUGCUGCCCAGAUUUCUCAAAUCAGAGAUCUCCCAUCAUUCUAUAUCUUCUUGCUUUUCCUUUCGUCCUCCACCAUGACCACACCACCCUCUGAUCAGCACACACUCCUUUGGAAACUCCCUCUAGUAUCAAUCCAAGAUCUUCCCCCUCUCCCCCAAAAUAUUACCAGACACUUCAUCUCCACGCCCAAUGGCAAACUAGAAAUCCUCUCCGCCCUGCCCCCCUCGUCUACUCAUUCACAAUCCAAAGCCCUCCUUUUCCUCCACGGCGGCUUCGGUCGCGCUACAGUCUGGCUUCCUUACAUAUCCUACUUCUCCUCCCGCGGCUUUCGCUGUUACGCACUCUCCCUUCGCGGUCAUGGAGCAAGUUGGAAACCGGGAUUCUUCCAUAUGGUUUGGAGAACGGGGAAGCGUGAUAUGGCGGAAGAUCUAGGGUACGGGCUUACUUGGGUUUCGGCUUCCGAAGCUGCCAUGAGAAGAAAUGGGUUUGAGGAAGAAGACUUGGUAUUGAUUGGACAUAGUGCAGGAGGUGGUUUGUCGCAGCAGUUUUUGAAUGAGGGACUUGGGACGGUUGGGGGAUUGGUUAUUAUGGCGGGUGUUCCUUGUUUUGGAUCGUAAGAAUUCCAUUUUGUUGAGGUACUAUAGUAUUAUUUGGAAAGACUGAUAGAUGGCAGAUUGAGCGUUUACGCUGCAUGGUUCACAUUAGAGUAAGUUCUCUCCCCUGACCUUCUGGUUCUAUGUAUAAAUGAAUACUGAUACAAAACCCAGUCCGUGGUUCCCACUCCGCUACUUCUUCAGAGAUUUCCUACAUCCCCGCUCACCAUUGUCAUCCACAACCCUCGUCCACCGAGCAUUCUUCUCCCCAGAGUAUCCGGUUGAUAAAGUCCAAACUUUCUCACAGGGCCUCGCCGAGUAUGAGAGCAUGCUUUGGCCAAUGGGUACGAUGUUCUCAUUCGCAAACCCCACACAUAUCUUGAAAAAUAUUCUCGGCUCCAACAAGAAUCAAAACCAAAGGAAACUCCUAAUUAUAGCCGGCGAGAAAGAUGCCCUAGUCACUCUCCCCAUCAUGCAGAGACUAGCGAGUUUAUACCAGAAAGCUGCGCGGAAAUUGGUUGGUGUUUCUUCGCCGCAAGGGAAAGAGAAGGAGAAGGGGAAGGAGGGGGAGGUGAUGAAUGGAGAAGAGAUCGUGGGACUUGAGAUUGUUAAGAAAUCCGGUCACCAUAUACAGAAUGAUUUAUACUGGGAGGAUGGCGCGAAGAAGAUUCUGGGGUUUGUGGAACAGCUUUGAGCACUUUUUGUAUAGCGUAUAGUGUUUUAUGGUGAUUCGGAAAUCUCCUCUCCCGAUAUACGAAGUAUGGUAUCCUAUACAUCAAUCCUUGGUAUUCUGACCUGCUUGUGGUGGAUAUUUGGUAUAUAAACUUGUUACUCUGCAGCGAUAGCUUCUAUCCAUCCAGGUACACAACGAGUCGAAACUCGCAUACCUCCGUAUAAAUUCGGGAUAUUCCCACUCCUCCUUAAUCCACAGUAAAAUAC